CACCACAACGGCUCUCAGGUUCCCUCGCUUUGACAGACGUCAUAUGGCUUUUAGUUGCGAAACCAAUCCAUCGCCUGUUAGUUAUUAAAUUACAUUUUACAAUCAUUGAAUCUGGUAUUGAAGGUGAUUUAUGGAGUCACCGCAGGAUCCGGCGAACGACCCGGGAACGCGCAGCUGUGAGCCCACUACGCCAGGCAUGGACACGCCGGGGAGCCUGGAUCCCCGGAACAAGCAAGACCGUAACGCUGGAGCUAUCAAAAGACACAACUGUUCCCCUGCCAGCAAAGGCGCCUCAGCAGCUGGGAAGAAGACCCAUUCAUCUCAGAUUGAAAUAAUCCCCUGUAAGAUCUGUGGAGACAAAUCUUCAGGAAUCCACUAUGGCGUGAUCACCUGUGAGGGCUGUAAAGGGUUCUUCCGGCGGAGCCAGCAGAGCAACGCCGCGUACUCCUGCCCCCGUCAGAAGAACUGCGUGAUCGACCGGACGAGUCGCAACCGCUGCCAACACUGUCGCCUGCAGAAGUGCCUCACGGUGGGCAUGUCCAGAGACGCGGUGAAGUUUGGCCGCAUGUCCAAGAAGCAGAGGGACAGUUUGUACGCGGAGGUGCAGAAGCACCGCCUGCAGCAGCAGCAGCAGCAGCAGCAGCAGCAGCAGCAGCAGCAGCAGCAGCAGCAGCAGCAGCAGCAGCAGCAGCAGCAGCAGCAGCAGGGCCAAGCCGCAUCCCACCCCCUCCUGCACCACUCCCACCCCAGCCUGAGCAGCCAGAUGCUGGGUGAGGCCGACACUCUGUCGCCCCACUACAGCCUGUCCUCCACGGGGCUCACCGAGCUGCCGGACGAGCUGGGGGGAUACAUGGACCAGCAGUCCCCCGAGGGCGGGUCGGCCAAGACGGACUCCAGUGGAGGAGGGGGCGCUGAAGGCUUCUACCUGAACAUCCAGCCGUCCCCCGACCAGUCUGGCCUGGACAUCGACGGGAUCAAACCAGAGCCGCUGUGCGACUUGGGUUCGGGCAACGGCUUCUACCCCUACUGCUCCUUCAGCAGCGGGGACAUGUCCCCCACCGUGUCCAUGGACGAGCUGGAACACCUUGCCCAGAACAUCUCCAAAUCCCACAUGGAGACAUGUCAAUACCUACAGGAGGAGCUGCAGCAGAACACCUGGCAGACCUUCCUGCAGGACGAGGUGGAGUGUUACCAGAGCAAGCCAAAGGAGGUGAUGUGGCAGCUGUGUGCCGUGAAGAUCACAGAGGCCAUCCAGUACGUGGUGGAGUUUGCCAAACGAAUCGACGGCUUCAUGGAGCUCUGCCAGAACGACCAGAUUGUGCUGCUAAAAGCCGGCUCUCUAGAGGUGGUUUUCAUCAGAAUGUGCCGGGCAUUCGACACGCAGAACAACACCGUCUACUUUGAUGGGAAAUACGCCGGCCCAGAGGUCUUCAAAGUAUUAGGUUGUGAUGACUUGAUCACAUCAGCAUACGACUUUGCCAAGAGCAUGUGUUCUCUGCAUCUGUCUGAAGACGAGCUCGCCCUCUUCUCUGCGUUCAUCCUGCUGUCUUCAGACCGCUCGUGGUUGCAGGAGAAGUCGAAGGUGGAGAAGCUGCAGCAGAAGACCCAGCUGGCUCUACAGCACAUGCUGCAGAAACACCAGAGGGGAGAGGAAAUCCUCACCAAGUUGAUCUGCAAGGUGUCCACGUUGCGGGGGCUGUGCAGCCGGCACACAGAGACGCUGUCGGCCUUCCGGGCCGUCUACCCGGACAUCGUCAGGGCCCACUUCCCCCCGCUCUACAAGGAGUUGUUUGGCUCAGACUUUGAGGUCCUGCCAGCGGACAGCAGCUAGACCUGCUCCCUAACCGUUUCCCACGCCGCACUCUGAGGUGGACCUUUGGCCGGGUUGUGAUCGGCCCUCUGUUAGGGGGCACUCUCUACGGCCCUCCGUUGAGACACAGCCCUGCAGUGUUAUUGGGACACGGCCUACAGUAGGGACAUCAGCCUGCAUAGGGGGGACGGGGGGAC